GUUUUCAAUUCUAUAGAAACUGAAGCUGCAAUCUCCUAAUUUUGACCCCUUGGAGUCACCUAAUUUUCCCAUCAAAUGGAUAUGAAAUUGAAGCCUGCAAUUACUGUUCUUUUGUUAGGGUUAUUACUGGUUAUAUAUGUUCCGCAUUCGUCUGUAGCUGCUUCAGGCGGUGUGAUUGGUGGUGAUACCUUUUCUUCACAUUCUUCUUCAAACGAUGAUUCACGUUCCUUUUCUUCUUCAAACGAUCAUUCACAUUCCUUUUCAACGUUGACUGAUUCGGUGCCUUAUUUCCGUUAUAAUGAUGCUAAUGUUGCUGGUUCUGGUUCUGGUGGUGGUCGUGGUGGUGGUGGUGGAGAAUCUGGAGAUGGUGGCGGGAGUCUUGUUGGUGGUGUGAUUAUGGUUCUAUUUGUGGCAUUUAUCGUUUGGGUUAUUAUUAGGUCUAAUUCUAAUCGGGGAAGUUUUAUCACUGUCAUCAAACUUCAGGUUGGAUUGCUGGGUACGGCGAAGGCAAUUCAAAAGGAACUAGAUAAGAUUGCUCAAGUUGCAGAUACGUCAACGCGGAAGGGUUUGAGUUAUGUUUUGCAAGAGUCAACCUUAGCUUUGCUUCGACAUCCUAAUUAUUGCAUCUCGGGUUACUCAUCUGUGGAUGCUGAGCUAGGUAUAGAGGAUGGAGAAAAACGCUUCAAGCAGCUUUCUAAAGAAGAGCGGGAAAAGUUUGAUGAAGAGACACUUUUGAACUUGAACAACAUCAAGAGGCAAACCUUCCACAGCAUCACGGUGGAUAAUAUGGGUGGUAUGGAUGAUGGAGAAAAAAACUUUAAUGAGCAAGAAAAUCUUGAUAGAGAGCCACUUGUAAGUGUGAACAGCAUCAAGAGGCAAACUACCUCAAGCAAGAGCUCACUCAGCAAUGAGUACAUAGUGGUAACCAUCCUGGUGGCAGCUGAGGGACUUAACAAACUACCAAAGGUCGAUUGCAGUGGAAAUUUGAAGGUAGCAUUGCAGAAGCUUGGCUCCAUCCCCACCAACAAUAUCAAGGCGGUCCAGGUGUUGUGGACACUCCAGCUUGAAAAUGAGACACUGACGGAACGUGAGUUGCUGGAAGAUUACCCACUCUUGAAGCCUCUAUAAAGAUUAUAAACUAGUUCACAGGGAAUGGAUCAUAUACAUAUCACAGACGCCUUAAAGUACUUACAGAAUCAAGCCAGUCGAGGAUAUACCAUAUCAAACUCGAGCUUUUUAAUUACUUACUGUACAUAAACUAUAUUUGAUCGGUUAAAACAUCUCCCCUCCUUUAAAACACUAAGUCAUAUGAGCUCCCACGUCGCACGGUGAGCGUGACACCCAUCUCAAAUUAAAUUAGAUAAAAGCUUUCACCCACGUCGCACGGUGAGCCCAUCUCAAAUUAAAUUAGAUAAAAGCUUUCACCCACGUUGCACGGUGAGCGUGACAAGUGACGAGACAUCAAAACAUGAAUUACACUCUGUUUACACUCUAUAUUUAACUAGCCGUUAGUAAUGCCGUUAACGAAAACAUGGGUAUGCAACACUUACGUGUAGAAUUACACCUAACUAAUUGCUUACAUUUUGUUUACACCAAAUACUUAACUGGACGUUAUUGACGUCCGUUAAGUAUACAAUACAUCUGUUAGAAAGGGAAAGGGAAACAUCUCUUAGGUCGAGAGAAAGGGAGACAUCUCUUCUUCCCAGUGGUCGAGAGAAACAGGGGACUGCGGUCAUGGAUAGUAGGGCGUGUUUCAAAGGGUCUACGAAGAAUUAGAAGAUAGAUUCAAUGGUGGUUGUCUGUUUCGAAUUUGCGGGAAGAUAAUUGAGAAAUUAAGUUAUAGAUGAAGCAGAUGGAUUCGAUCUGAGAUUUGAUAAUCAAGGAAUUGUUGGUAGUGAUGUUUGUGCUAUGAAUUUGGGUUCAAGAACGAAGGAUUUAAGAUGGGUAUGAUUCAGUUUUCUAAUUUGAUAGAGAUGGUGAUUCAGAAAGUUAGGGUUUGAAGUUGUCAUGUGUUUGAGAUUUAGAAUGUUUGAUUGAACUGAGCAAUGGAUUAGGGUUUUUGUUUGAAUUUGAUUGAUUGAAUGUGGAUUGUGUGCGAAUUCGUCAUUGCAGGGAAUGAGAACAAAUAAGGAACACGAAGACUAUCAAAAAUCCAAAUGCAUAUAAACUGUUUGUUAAUAUGCCUGAAUGACCCGAAGUGGAUGGUGUUGGUGCUGUUGUUUUGAUCUGUGAAGCAACAGAGUUGCAGUUGCGUCUAGAGGAAUAAGGCUGUGUUAUAGGGGUUUGUGGUGUUGGAUGGUUGAUGCGGAUUUGGUGCUAGGCAGAAGUGGCUUGGUUAGAAGCUGUAGGAACUGAAUUGUAAAGGUGCAGUGGCUGUAUUGCAGAGAAUGUGAAACUGAGACUGGUAAUAUUUGUUUGCAGUGGUGGUUAGGUCUGAGAAUUUAAGAUUGCAGUGAGGUUGUUUCUGCAGUUGCUCCACUAAAAGUUUUUUCUCAUGGGAAGAAUCCUUAAAUUAUUGUUACAGCAUUAUUAAAAGAGCUGUUAUUGGUUUUACUAUCUUAAAUUAUUCUUCAUGGGAAGAAUCCUUGGGGCUUCAUAUUCUAGGUAUUAAUCAGCUCAUUACUUCUUCUUUGCUCUGAAUCCACGCAGAGCUGGUAGGGCACAAAAGGGGGUGUCAUCGGGAAGAAUUUCAAUUUCAGGCUAUGUGCAUCAAAUCAACCAUAGAGAGGUGCAGAAAGGUAUGUUCUGCUGAGUAUUCGAACAACACUACCUCCAUCGUCAAUGCUAAUGCUCAUGUACGUAGCGAGCGUUAUUAUACUCUGGUCACUUUGGCUGUUUUGUACCUCAUGUAUCAUACUAUCAUAUAUGUUUUGUAAAUGUUGAUUAUGAAUCCGUUUUUUUUGCAAAAA